AUGUAUUUCCUCACAUUCGCCGCCCUCCUCACCGGAGCACUCGCGACCCCACUCCUCGAACUCGACGCAAGGGAUGGACGUCCUUCGUGCUCUGUCAACUGCACUAAAGUCCAGAGUCGCUGUGCGAGGUCGACGCAGAUGGCUUCGGUUACGAAGCUUGACGUCGAGCGGGUCAGGGGGUUCUUCAGGUGGUUCGUCGACGGUGUUUACGACUGUUACUUCGUGAGUCUUGGGAUUUUGAUGGGAAGAGAGCAGGGGAUUGAUGUUCGAAGGACGAUCACGUCGACGUCGACGAAUUUCGCCACUUUGACGAGCACGGCACCUGCUCAGACGGUCACAAAAUCAACCACCCUCUACGCGGAAAUAACCUCCUUCAUCGCAACCAGCACCUCAACAGUCUACACCUCCACCAUAACCGGCACAAGCACCACCAUCGUCAACGCCCCGGACAUCACCAAAUGCGCCGCACCCGCCGACCUGUCGAGUCCUCCUCCUCAGAAGCGAGAGCCCGGAGCUGGGGAGAGAUGCAAGGAGAAGAAGCCGAGAUGUUUCUCGCGGCAGCAUAAUUCGGAGCAGAUCUCGUCGGCGUGUGGGUGUUUUGGGGUUACGGCGGGGCCGAGGAGUCCUGGGGGUGGAGGGGGAAAUGGGACGCCGGUGACGAGUACGGUGACGAGUUUUACGACGGUUUGGACGACUGUGCAGUCCGGCUCCAUAACAACCCUCACGCCCACCCUCACAACCCUCCUCCCCACAACAUCCACCUCCACAAAACGCCUCACAUCCACCACAACCCUCAGCACCAUAACCACCGCCUCCGUGACCUCAAUCCGCUACGCCGUCGCCACAGCCGCCUACCAGAAUACCCCCUUUCGGAUCCUCGCUUCAGGCGGCACCGUGACGGGGAAAUACCUCCUAACGCCCAACCCAGCCGGCGGAACAGAUUUCUUCUCCACCGCCCUCCUCGUCUUCGCAGCAGACACAGCCACCACCGCCACGACCUUCACUUGGAACGCCACAUCCAACGCCCUCGUCGUCGCGCACGCGGGGAAUCCAGCCAACGGCUACGCGGCGACCAUCUUAGGCACCGGGGUAGCGGAUAAGUUGCGGGCGCAGAAUUUCGCUUUUCAGGACGAGGAGGCUAUUACGUGUGGGGUUGUUGGGGGGCCUGGGGAGACUUGUGUGCUGCAGUGUCAGAACCCGUUCGAUCAGGCGAGGGAGAGUUUUGAGGAUUGUUAUCAGGGGGAUCGGAAUUGGAUGGUGGGGAUGAGGGCGGGGGCGGAUUAUGGGGCGUGUCCGUUGGUUAGGCCGUAUCUUGUUACGGGGUGA